AUGAGCACUUUUUAUUUCUCAAAAGUUCCACCAGAGGAGCAAAUGUAUGCAGAUAUCAAGUCACUCAACAAGUUCGAAGAAAAGGCAUUUUGUCAACUCCUGGACAUUGUAUUUUCGUUUCUCGUUUCGCCAAAGGAAGGGACUAGAUUCAUGUCUCAGGUUGCGGAGUUUGCGUCCGAACAUGGAAUAAGCUCUAACCCACUCAAAAAUGUUGUGAAAAGUUUACUCAGCUUCUUCAAGAGUGCGCUGAAAUGUAACUUAACCCCCGCACAAGUGAAAGAGGACGUGGAACAUCUUGGUAAGGACUAAACAAUCUUCCUUCCCCCUCCCCCCUUAUCUCAUAUCUUGUGCCCCUGGUAGAGCCACUGAAAGGUGGCUGAGACGCUAAGUGCCAAACAUUUCUUGUGAAAAUGAGUUUUAUUUGGGUGUGAAUGAAAGUCAUUUUCAAAUCAAUAGUUUCACACUUGGCCUCACUUUAAAACAGAGGCUUGAGGCAAUUUGGAAAUAGCCUAUUCCAACUAUUUGCCAUCAACUUUUGGCAUUAUAGGAAAUCUUUUCCAGGAAAAUAAAGUAGAUAUAAAGCCAGGUAGGACCUACGUCGUUGAUUAAAUUUUUUCAGUCCAUGGUCUGGCUCCAGAAGUUGAACGUGUGAGCAGAACCUUGCUGCAGUAGAAGAGCAGUCUAACCCACCCCAACCUUUUUUCCUUUUUUGUGUUUAAAAGGUCUUUCUGCUGACAACUCCCCCCAUGUCUCUGAAAGAUGGAAAUCAAACCUUAUCGCCCUCUCAAGAUCAAUUGUUGGUCAGACAUUCAUGGUCAAUCAACUUGUUGACAUGGAAUGGAAAUUUGGUGUAACAGCAGGAAGUAGCGACUUGAAAGUCGUGGGACAGACAUUUUUGCAGCUAAAAAUGGUUGUUGAUCGAGGUGGUGUCCAGGAAGAUGUGUUCAUGGAAUUAACCCUGCCACAGUUUUACUCAUUUCUUCAUGAGAUGGAAAGAGCAAAGUCCACACUUGAAUUUUUCAGUUGA